AUGUUUCCGAAGACACGCGUCUUCGACGCGCGGCUGACACGUGUCGCUCUUCUCCUGUUGGUCGGCGCGAUCGUGGCUUACGGCGGCGCGCCAUGCGAGCCGUCUUCCCUGCGCGGGUUCACCAAUUCCGUUGACCUAUCGGGAAACGGUCUCGUGCUGCACUGGGCGCGCAACGCCUCGCACUUGCAGUUCGCACUAGAAGCCAAACCCGCCAGUGGGGCCGAGUCCGGCUGGUUCUCCGUCGGCUGGACGGCAAACCGUGGCCGUAUGUACCCCGCGGAUUGCGUGAUUGGGAACCUUCCGGGAAGCAGCGUGCGCGCGUAUCGGAUCUCCGGAUACAGCCGGUCUGACGUGGCGCCUUCUGAUAGGUUCAAGAUUGGAAGGCCUGUGCUGUCAGGGGGAAGUAAUGGCGGGACAAUCAUAAGGUUCUCUCGUUUCCGAGGGGAUGGAGGGACGGUUCCAGUGAGUUUCAGCGGCAGCAGCAGCCUCAUCUGGGCUUUCUCUGAGUCUGGAUCGACUGAGCUGGCCUUCCAUGGCGACAACGCAGGUUCAAUGAAUGUGGACUUCUCAUGUGCGUCUGCACCUUCCAGCUCACAAGGAGGAGGAGGUGGUGGUGGUGGUGGCAUUGGUGACAAUGAUGCUGGCAUGGGUGGUGGAGAUGAUGAUGAUGAUGAUGAUGAUGAUGAUGCAUAUGAUAAUGAUGACAGGGAUGAGGGUGAUUUUGAGAGGGGGGGUGAUGAUGGUGGUGAUGAUAACGAGGAGGGGGACGAGAAGGAUUAUGGGCGAUGGAAGGAGAGGCAUAAUGAUAAAGAUGAUGAUGAUGGGAAUGAUGUUAUGGAUGAUGGUAAUGAUAAUGAUGAUAUCAAGAGGGGAGAGGAUGGGGAUAAUGAUGGGGAUAACGAUGAUGAUGAUGAUGAUGAUGAUGAUGAUGAUGAUGAUGAUGAGGAUGAGGAUGAGAGAUACGGGAAGGAGGGUAAUGGCUCCUCAAAUGGUGAUGGUGAUGGUGAUGGUGAUAAGGAAGACGUUGAGAGUGGGGAUGAUGAUGAUGCGGAUCAAUAUGAUGAUAGGUUUGGGGAGGUGGAUAAUGAUGGUGAUGAUGACGAUGAUGCUCAUAAGGAGGAAAAUGGAGGGAACCAGUCAUUGGCAUCCACUUUCAUCCUUCACUGGAAAACUGGGGCUGAUACAAUAGCAAUGGCUGCUGACGUGGCGACGUCUGGUUGGGUGGCAGUUGGAUGGUCCAGCAGCGGCAAGAUGUACCCCGCUGAUGCAGCCAUUGGGAAUCUGCCACGUGGCACUCUCGCCAAUGGGGCGGCGGUGGGAGCAUACCACCUCAGCGGGUAUGGCCUGUCUGACGUGGCGCUGACGUCAUCAUUUGAGCUCACCAACACAUCGGCCACCACAGCGAAUGGGAGAACCACCAUCACCUUCGAGCGACCCCUCUCAGUGGGAGCCGUCCCCAUCAGCAGCCGCGGUGCCACCAGCGUGCUCUGGGCCUUCUCUCGCUCCGACUCGCAGCAACUGGACGACCACGGCCCCAACGAAGGCACUGUCGCAAUCAACUUCGUUUCAGGCACAGUGGAAGUUGAGGAACCAAGCAGCAGCGCCGAAGCACUCUAUAUUGCGCACGGGUGGAUUCUCACUGUAGCUUUUGGCAUUCUCAUGCCUGCGGCCAUGCUUAUAUCGAGGAUAUUCCUCUCUGAUAAGCCUGCUUCAGAUUUUGGUGCAGCAGCUGCACAGGCAGCAGAAGAAGAAAGGGAAGCAGAGGCAACGGGAGGGAGAUUAGGGUUUCCAGGUCAGGCAACGUUGCACGAAGAGAGGGACUUUGAGCAUAUGCAUUUGAAAUCAGCUAGAGAUGCAGCACAGUAUGCCUCAGGGGAAGCAGGAAAAGCGUCAGCAGCAGCAGGAGCAGCAGCAGGAGAAGCAGCAGCAGAGAGUGGGAUGCCUGGUACUGGUACUACUGCAAGCAGGGGAAAGCCUUGGAUCUCCAAGGCACAUGCAUUCGAGGCCCACAAGUGGAUCAUGCUCCUCGCUGUCACGCUCUCAUUGGUCGGAAUCAUCAUGGCGUUUGUCCAAAAAGGAUCGAGCUCCCUGCAGUCGACACAUGGCAGGCUGGGAUUGGCCGUGCUGCUGCUGAUCUUCCUCCAGCCAAUCAUUGGACAGCUGAGGCCUGUCAAGGGCCACGUGUCGCGACGCUAUUGGUUCGCGCUGCAUUGGGUGGUGGGAGUGGCGAUUGUGGCAAUGGCUUGGAGCAACAUGUUCCUUGGGCUUGACCUUGCAAGCAGCAGAUUCGGCUACAACCUUGAAUGGUAUUACAUUGCAUUCGCAGUUAUGAUUGGUCUCUUCACUCUAGCUUAUGCUAUUGAUUUCGCCUGGGACCAAGUCGGGUUCUGCAUGCUUCGAUAUAAGCAGUCUAAUGUCGAAUCGGAGCCACUCAACUCCAAAGAAGUGGAGGUCAUUAUGAUGUUGUAA